AUGCCUCCUCUUCAGCAUAGUUUGAAUCAGUCAUCUCUAAAACCACAUAACAGCGAUCAGUCUUACGCGCAGCAGUUUCAGCAGCAGCAGCCCCUAGCGACUGCUUCCGCAUUUUUCCGAAGAGAAGAGAUCAUAUUUGAAGGAAUAAGAGAGGUAAGCCAGAAGUGUGUACAUGGUGUGGUCAUCUAUAAUGUUCCAGGUUCUUUGCUAUCUUACGUCUGUUCAAACGCAAGACUCCGAGGGAUGGAGUUGACGCUUAUUGUGAUGCUAGUACAUGUCUGUAUACCGGUGGAACGAACAACGAAUAAGAUGUUACGAGUGUCUACAGGAAGUCCGCAAGAACAGGGAUGCAACCUUGCUGCCACCCUCAACUACUGGCUCAGGAUUGCGGAUAAGAUCAAGCGGGCAGUUGAUAACGUCCUUUCUGCGCUUAUUGGGGACGGUAUCCAUCAGCUGAACCCACGAAACCACCGCAGAUCCGAAGUACGCAUAGAAGACGGCAAGUGUACAACACAAUACACGGAGUUUAUCGAGGAGAAUGAAGUACCACACCUCUUCGCUAUUACAAGAAAUAAGCGAGAGGAGGACUAUGAUCCUCCAUCUUCUAAAAGGAAAUGGAAGAUGCGGAAGCGUCGUCCGGUGGUGGAGAACACUAAAAGGACUCCCAUUCCUACCCCGAGAGUGCUUCUACCUUGUAGACGCGAUGCAGACGCCACCCAUGGACCAAGGGCAUCAUUACGACUCGUGCAGGAACUUUCUCAGUUACUUGCACAACACAUGGCUUAG